AUGCCUGAUUAUCCUUCGAAUAAUAGUGCCCCCAGCGUGUCUUCCCAGAUUUUCAGUCAACUAGCUGCAAGAUCGGAUUACAAUCCCCUCUAUCCUUCAUCGUUUGGGACCCCUAAUCAAGACCUUCAGAUAGUCCAUCCCUGGCCCCAACGAUUUAAUGCAAGUGCGGCAUCUAUCGAAACCUUUUGUACUUCCGCAUCGGAGAGUCGGAUGUCAGAUGAUCCUGACUCCUACGUUGGCGAGAAGAAAGAUAUCAGCUGGCUCGAGUCUGCAUCUCCGAACGAUCAGAGUGAGCCUGCCCCUCCGCCUUAUUCAGCAUCGGUGAACCAAUCGGCGUUCCACUCUCAGCCCUAUUACUCCAAUGAGAAGGCCUGUAGCCACUAUAUGGAGAGAAAUCAAAGUUCCGAAUCAGUCGCCUCACACAAGUCAAGAUGGUCAGCUAGCAAGCAAACCUUCUACAAGAAAGCCAAGUCCAUAAUCAGUCGAUUCAGCUCUGCUAUCACCGGAAGACGAGAUUCCCGACUAGACUACGACAAGAGCUUUGAUUCUGAUAGUGGUUCACCGUACGAGUUCAGUUAUUCAGAUAUGAAGGAAAACGGUAGGUUCACUGGCGAAUGGAAGGCGUCUACAGGCAUAUUUAGUGAAAGAGGACCCGAGCUUGUAUGGUAA